UUUUUUUUUUUUUUCUUCGUUGAUAUAUGCUUACCCCCUUUUUAAUCUCUCCACCCACCCUGUGCUACGUAAGAGGAUUUUCCUCGGAGUCAGGGAGUUUAUUUAUAAAAUUAAAUCUCUCCGGCAUUCCGACUUCAUCUCUCGUUAUUGUCGCACAUACGCUCUUCCGAUCGCCGAAAUUAGCAUUCUGGAGGCGAAGCCGUCGGAGAAAAACCCAAAAAAAGGGGGCCAAGGGCGAGAAAAAUCGGAAGAAAGAUAGAAGAGAAUCGCGCACGGAUUUAGGAGAGCCGCAGCUUGGCUCGCUCGCCAAGGCACAACUAAGGAUGGCUUGUGGCCACACAAGGAGCAAUAGCAAUGCCACAAGGGUUGCAGAUCGAAGAAGUCGCACUUUAUUCAAAAGAGCAUUAGAUCAUAGCAACUACAAGUUUUCUCCAAAGGAGUGUGAAGUACCUGGACUUGUCUUGAGGAAUUCUGAGCAGAGGUGGAUUAUAUUCACACUGUUUUCCCUUGAACUUGAUGCAUACUGGAAAUUGGCACCUUUUUUACCACCCUUGCAAGGGGUUGACUGGAAAAACCAUGUGGGAUCUGGAGCUUCAUCAGACAUGGAUGGUCUUGUCUCUUUAUCACCGUCGCCAACAAUUAUUUUCCAGCUUGACCUGCCAAAAGAACAGAAGAUCAAUCGGCUUGAACUCACAGAUUCUGCAAAGCCAGUUCCCAUGUGCAGCUCUUCUGGAGGAGUUGUUCCCAAAGGGGAUAGGACUGUGAAAAGAAGUUCAAGAAAGAAGGGAAAAAAGAAGGGAAAACAGUACAAACGAGCCACAUGCAAAAAAAUUUCCACUAAAUCAGAAAUUCAACAUGAACAAAGCAUAUGUGGUCCUUGUGUUUCUGAUGCCACAAACAACAGUGACCUGGUUUGUUUGGGUGAUGGAAUGUCAGAAAAUAGUGUAUCUGAGAAGGCAACUUCUGCAAGUUUGUCUAUUGAGGGUACUUCUGUGGGAAAGGAUGGUAGUGAAAACAAUCAUGAAUUGGCAGAUUGUUCAACAACUUUGUCAUGUACGUCUUACAGCGAUUGUAGUCUCAUAUGCAGUCCUGUUUCUGAUACCACAACCAACAGUGACCUGGUUUGUUUGGGUGAUGGCUUGUCAGAAAAUAUUGUAUCUGAAAACGCAACUACCACAAGUUUGUCUAUUGAGGAUACUCCUGUGGGAAAGGAUGGUACUGAGAACAAUCAUGAAUUCGCAGAAUGUUCAACAACUUCAGUGUCAUGUAUGUCUUACCACGAUUGUAUGGAUGAGUCUGACCAAGUAGCAUCUUUGUCUCAGGAACGUGCUGGUGAGGAAUCCAGCUGCAAUAGUACCGCUUCUAGGAAUAAUGCAUUAAGCACUACUCAAACACCGGAAAUAGUUCUUUCCACCUUUGAUGAGAAUAAUAAAAAUGUUAAUCCAAAACAAAGUUGCAAUUUUUCCGACAAUUCUCCCAGCAUUUCCUUGGAUCCCUAUGAUACUUCAGUGCAAGAUUCAUAUCUAAAUGGUUGGAAUAGUGAUAUCGGUGAAAACUGCAUUGAUGUUGAAACUCUGUUAUCCGUCAAGGAUGAAAGUGGACUUAAUUCUUCAGGAGAAAUGAUUGCAGAUUCCAGGAAUUCUGACACUUCAUGUCAGACCACAACUGUAAAUUUAUAUGAUAUAAAUACUGAGAUGUUAGAUGAUGGUUGCAUGGGUAACUCUUGCUGGUCAAUGGAUGUUGUCAAUUCUUGUAACAGUGUUGAAAGAGCUUCAUGCAGUAGCCAGGCCUAUUGCAGCAAUGACUUCCAUCCCAUAAUAUCGGGAAAGCGGGGGAGGCGAACAAGGAAAAUGAGUGGAGGUGCAAGUCAGAAUGUGCCAAACAGAUUUCGUGGUGUCACAGGAAAAGAAAAUAAUCAUUCAGUCUGGCAGAAGGUCCAAAAGAUUGACAUGGAGGCAUUCAUCUGUGAAACUGAGACUGUCAAUGCUGUGUCUUCUCAGGAUAACACUUCAUUAAAACAUUCCAAUAUAAAGAUUAGAUCUGGCACAUCUGUGGGGCUGAAACAGAACCAGCAUGGAGAAACCUGCAGGAAUGCUUGUUCAGAUGAAGUGGUUAAAACAGAUUUGUGCAAAGUAACCUCUAAUAUUGGCAGUACAAGUGAAGUAGCAUCUGAAUUGAUAGAUGGAAGUUCAAUGAAUAGCAUCCGAAAGAAAGCCAGUUCAGCCUUUAAACAGGAAAAUCACUAUUCUAGGAAGGGACCUCAUGCAGCUAAAGUUAAUAUGAACAGGGUUUCCAAAAAUCAUGUUCCACAAAAUCAAGAAAUGCCAAUCUUGCCGCAGGUGAAUCAUAAAAAACACAUAAGCAGUGGAUUAAGAUCACCUUGUACCAUUGAUUUCCAACAAUUUUUGGUUGCAUCAGCUGACAAAAUCGACCAUGGUCACCGAGAGUCACAGCAGAAGCCAGAGAAUUAUAUUGAGGAAGUAACAUCAUCAGGAAAUAGUUGUAACACAGUGUGUGAUAUUAGUUUGCCAGUUGCUUAUAUUGAUGUAGGUGCAUCACCAUCAGAUUCUUCAGAUCAAGUGCACAUUGAAGUGACUUCCGAUAUCUGUAGUGCUAAGAACUCGAAGGAAGAGCUUUGCCAUACAGAUUCUGAAGAAAAUCAUUGCUUGAACUUAGUAGCAGAAAGUUCACAUAAGGAAUGUAGCAAGCCAGAUGGUAGUACUGGAUCUGUAUUGCAGAAGUGGGUCCCUGUGGGAAGGAAAGAAUCAACCAUGUCCAAUAUGAGCCGUUUAGAUCAUAUGAAUGUCUCUAUUGUGGAAGAUUUGGUUCCUGAUAAAUUGGAAUCAAGGCACGUCAAUGCAGAGGUUUCAACUUCAACUACUCAGUACUUUACUCUAACUAGAGAUCGGUUUCCAUGCUCAAGUCCCAGAGCUGAAGAUAAAGAUUUUUCUUCUGUUGAAGCAGAUCAAGUAAAUAGUAAAUUAAGAAACCACUGUUAUGCAGCUGGAGAAUCAGGUGUUGCGCUUCCUAUUUCCAGUUGUCAAACUCAUGAGGUGCCAAAUGAGGGCUUUUCUAGAUUUGAGACUGAUCUAGAUAAGAUACUACUGGCUGUUCAUGAUGCCUACAACUUGCAUACUGCAGCAGGUGCUCACCUAGCCUCUGGCAGUCCGCUAGCUGAUAUUGAGAGAUUUCUUUAUUCUGCCUCUCCAGUUAUUGGUCAAACACAUUCCACUGGAAGUUGCAGGACAUGCUUCAAAGAAAAACUAAUCAGUGACUCAUUGUGUUUGCAUCAUAUUCCUAAUAUAUCUUUGAAAAGACUCUGGCAGUGGUAUGAAGAACCUGCAUGCUUUGGUUUGGAAGUAAAGGCACAAGAGUAUCACAACUCAAAAAGGUUGCGUGAUGGUUAUUCUGAAUUCAGUGCAUAUUUUGUACCUUAUCUUUCUGCUGUGCAAUUAUUUGGGAGAUCCAGGAAUACCAGAAAUGACAGUGCCAAUGAAGUAACAGCAAUAGCUUGUGAGGUGGAGAAGACACUAGAAACUCCAUCAUCUAAUUUAUGCUCCCACCCAAUCCUCUCAAUGCUACUGCCGCAACCUUUUAAUGCAAGGGAUACAUGCUCAUCAGAUUCUUCUUCUUUCGCCAAAGAUGAAUGUUGCAAUCAGUCUAGUAGGAGCACAUGUGUGGGUGAUGAGGAGCUCAUUUUUGAAUACUUUGAAUCUGACCAACCUCCAUGGCGACGUCCGUUAUCUCAAAAGAUAAAGGAGCUGAUUGGUGGUGGCUCAGUGUCUAAUUGCCGGGCAUUUGGAGAUCCACUGAUGCUGGAAAACAUCAACUUGCAUGAUCUUCACCCUGCUUCAUGGUAUUCUGUCGCAUGGUAUCCUAUAUAUCGUAUACCUGAUGGAAAUUUUCAUGCUGCAUUUUUAACUUAUCACUCUCUUGGUCAUUUUGUUCAUCGAAGUUUCUCCUCCAAUGCAUCUGAUGGCCUUAGCUGCAUAGCUUCUCCAGUUGUUGGUUUGCUAAGUUACAAUGAUAAGGGAGAGUGUUGGUUUAAACUGAAGAACCCAUAUUUGAAGGUCAUCCAGACUGAAGAAGCUCAAUGUUUCAAUCCUUCAGAAAUUUUGAAAGAGAGAUUGAGGACACUCAAGCAAACUGCAACUGCAAUGGCAAGGGCUUCAGUUUCCAAGGGCAAUCGAAGAUCUGUGAAUAGACAUCCGGAUUAUGAGUUCUUCAUGUCCCGGAGCCGGUAAGGGGGCGUUGAUUUCUUUUAAGCAAAAGGUUCCUUCCACCUUAGUUCUUUCACAAAGUCUCUGGUCCUUUUUUGUAACAAAUGUCAAGGGAGUAGAGCUAACUUGGAGGCUUUCAAUUUUCAUCCUGAGUCAGGAAUCUAACCUGAAAGAAGGAAGUGUGAGCUCUUGACUUGCUUCCUCUCUCCCUCUCUCUCAUGUACAUUAUCUGUCUAUAUGGAUUAUCCUCAUAAUUUUUCUGUUAUCGAAGGUUUAGUUGUAAUUCAUAUGCACUCUCUUCAGUGUAACGUUUUUCUUUUUUUUUUUAUUUCUUUUUUUUUUUGUUGAGAAAAGAACGGUAUAACAAGUUAAUUCUCAGUGCAAGCUUCAUGUCGUGGAACUUGAAAUCUUUUCCAAAAUUUUGGUUUCUUUAGUUGCAAAAGAAUGAGAGAACAGAUCUCUUCUA